AUGGCCCGACCGGCAUCCGACACCUUCACCCGCUUCACCUCGACCACUCCACACGCCAUGCAGCGACCCUCGUCGUCGUCCACCACAUUUACUUACCAGCCCGCCUCACGGCCAUCCUCGACACCAUCAUCAUCAUCACCGUCAGCACAAUCUCCACGCUCCACACCCUCGCACAACGAAACACCCCAGGAAAAGGUCGCGCGUCUCCGCGCCGCCGCCCGGCUCGCCCGCGACCAAGCGUCGUCGUCGCCUCUAGAACGGGUGAUCGAGGGUGGACGGGUGUGGGCCGACCGUGCCCACCGCUUCACGGCCUAUGGUCUCAUCCUGUUCGCCGGGGUGACGGUCGUGGUCGCGGCCUACGGAACGACGAGCCUCAUCGCGCACAACCGCCGCCAGAAACGGGCGUGGAUCGAACGGGAACUCGACCGCCUCGACGCCGCGCGACAGGCCUUCCUCCGCGGCGACGCCACGGCCGAACAGCUCCACCUCCUCGAGCAGGAGCGGGCUGGCGAGGAGAUGGAGGCGGCGCGGAAACGCGAGGUCGAGCGCAAGAAGAGCGAGAGCUACUGGAGCAGGCUGAAGAGCAUCAUGAGCGCCAACGCCGCCGCGGGCCAGAUGGGUACCGAGACCGAGGAGGAGAAGCAAGAGCGUGAAGCCCGGCGGGCGAGGAGGCAGCAGAGGUCCAGUUCCCCCUCCGCGACCGACGAGACCUUUGUCGAGGGCGAGGUCAGACCUGUCGCUGUGACGUCGACGAACGUCAAGGGCGUCGGACUCGACGCCAAGGGCCGCCCUGUGCCGUUGGAUAAGAUGGAAUACGUCAAGGCCGCGGCCGGGGAUGAGCUAAGGCCUGGCGAGAACGAGGUCGUCCCACGGACGGCCCCGGUGGGAGGACCUCUGGACCAGCUUGCCGAUAAUGUCUCACGGGCCGUGGUGUCCCCUUCGACGCAGAGUCAAGGGUGGCUGAGCUGGCUGAGAGGGAGUAAAUCUUAG